AUGGCAGAGGAACAACAACAGCCGCCACCACAGCAGCCUGAUGCCCAUCAGCAGCUUCCCCCCAGCGCCCCCAACUCGGGGGUGGCUCUGCCAGCCCUUGUGCCUGGGCUGCCAGGGACAGAGGCCAGCGCGCUGCAACACAAGAUCAAGAACUCCAUCUGCAAAACUGUACAAUCUAAAGUGGACUGCAUUUUGAAAGAAGUUGAGAAUUUUACAGACUUGGAGAAACUCUACCUCUACCUUCAGCUGCCUUCUGGUCUCAGCAAUGGAGAGAAAAGUGAUCAGAAUGCCGUGUCAUCUAGUCGGGCACAGCAAAUGCAUGCCUUUUCUUGGAUUCGGAAUACCCUAGAAGAACAUCCUGAGACUUCAUUGCCCAAACAGGAAGUCUAUGAUGAGUACAAGAGCUAUUGCGACAAUCUGGGUUACCAUCCAUUAAGUGCUGCUGAUUUUGGAAAGAUCAUGAAAAAUGUCUUUCCAAACAUGAAGGCACGUCGCCUGGGCACAAGAGGCAAAUCUAAAUAUUGCUACAGUGGACUAAGGAAAAAAGCCUUUGUUCACAUGCCAACACUGCCCAAUCUUGAUUUUCACAAAACUGGAGAUGGGUUGGAAGGAGCUGAACCUUCUGGGCAGCUUCAAAAUAUUGAUGAGGAAGUUAUCUCUUCUGCUUGCCGUCUUGUGUGUGAAUGGGCCCAGAAAGUGUUAAGCCAGCCAUUUGACACGGUCUUGGAAUUAGCCCGCUUCCUUAUAAAAAGUCAUUAUAUAGGCACUAAGUCGAUGGCAGCUCUAACGGUAAUGGCAGCAGCACCACCAGGAAUUAAAGGAAUUACCCAGCCGUCUGCUUUUAUACCUACAGCUGAGAGUAAUUCUUUUCAGCCUCAGGUGAAGACUUUGCCUUCUCCUAUUGAUGCUAAACAGCAAUUGCAACGGAAAAUUCAGAAGAAGCAGCAAGAACAAAAACUACAGUCCCCUUUGCCAGGAGAAUCCUCAGCAAAAAAACCAGAAGGCGCUACAACCAAUGGAGUGACUAAUCUUUCUAAUGGAAAUCCUGCAAUCCUUUCUCCUCAGCCUAUUGGUAUCGUUGUGGCAGCUGUCCCUAGUCCCAUUCCGGUCCAGCGAACCAGGCAGUUGGUAACUUCACCAAGCCCAAUGAGUUCUUCUGAUGGCAAAGUUCUUCCCCUCAAUGUACAAGUGGUCACUCAGCACAUGCAGUCUGUGAAACAGGCACCAAAGACUCCUCAGAACGUUCCAGCCAGUCCUGGUGGGGAUCGUUCUGCCCGGCACCGCUACCCUCAGAUCUUACCCAAACCAGCUAACAGCAGUGCACUCACCAUUCGCUCCCCGACUACUGUCCUCUUUACUAGCAGUCCCAUCAAAACCGCUGUUGUGCCCACUUCACACAUGAGUUCUCUAAAUGUGGUGAAAAUGACAGCAAUAUCUCUCACACCCAGCAACGGUAGUGCCCCUCUUAAACAUUCUGCCUCAGUAAACAGUGCUACAGGAACAACAGAAGAAUCAAGGACCAUUCCACAGAUCAAGAAUGGUUCUGUCGUAUCACUUCAGUCUCCUGGAUCUAGGACCAGCAGCACCGGGGGAUCAUCUGCUGUGGAAGUCAAAAUGGAACCUGAAGCAUCAUCAGAUGAGCAUCCUGCACAGUGCCAAGAGAACUCUGAUGGGACAAAAGCUCCCAAAACAACACCUAGUGCCCUUUUGGGGCAGAAAAGUAAUACAGAUGGAGUAGUUCAAAAACCUUCAAAUGAAGGUGUCACUGAAGUAAAAGCAACUAAGGUCUGUGACCAGAGGACCAAAUGUAAAAGUCGCUGUAAUGAAAUUCCGCCAGGCACUUCAACAGGCAAUAAUCAAAGCACUAUCACUCUCUCAGUUGCCACUCAGAACUUAACCUUCACCAGCACCAGCUCACCAGCUAAUGGUGACUCAAUAAAUAAAGACCCUAAAUUAUGCACUAAAAGUCCAAGAAAGCGACUGUCUUCUGCAUUGCAAGAGUCCCAGGUGCCUCCCAUAAAGAAACCAAUUGUGGAACAGCUUUCUGCAGUUAUCAUAGAAGGUCAGAAACCAGGCAGUGUUGAGAAGGACCAAAAGGUUCCACAUUCAGGGAAAAUAGAAAGUUCAACAGCCGGUGCUCAGAUUCCUAGCAAGGUAUCAAUAAAUGUCAAUUCACACAUAGUGGCAAAUCGACCCUUGAAUUCUGCUCUCAUUGCUAGUGAUUCAGCUUCUGAACAGCAAACACCAUCAUCAUCUCCAGAUAUCAAAGUAAAACUUGAAGGGAAUGUCUUUCUUUUGGACAGUGAUUCAAAACCAGAUGGCAGCUUUAAUUCAAACGAAUGGCAACAGGUCAGUAAGGAUUCUGAGUUUAUAUCUGCCGGCUGUGAACAACAACAAGAUAUCAGUGUUAUGACAAUUCCUGAGCACUCUGAUAUCAAUGACUUAGAGAAAUCUGUUUGGGAAUUAGAAGGAAUGCCACAGGAUACAUAUACCCAGCAGCUGCAUAGCCAGAUACAAGAAUCUUCUUUGAAUCAAAUACAAGCACAGUCUUCAGAUCAGUUACCUCUACAGUCUGAACUGAAAGAGUUUGAGCCUUCUGUUUCCCAGACAAAUGAAAGCUACUUUCCUUUUGAUGAUGAGCUUACACAAGAUAGUAUUGUGGAAGAGCUGGUGCUUAUGGAGCAGCAGAUAUCAAUGAACAAUUCUCAUUCUUAUGGUAACUGUUUGGGAAUGGCCCUUCAGAGUCAGUCAGUAACUCCAGGAGCUCCAAUGUCAUCUCAUGCCUCCAGUACCCACUUCUACCAUCCAAUCCAUAGCAAUGGCACUCCGAUCCACACACCCACACCCACUCCUACUCCAACGCCCACCCCCACCCCAACCCCAACUCCAACAUCUGAAAUGAUUGCUGGGUCUCAGAGUCUGUCCAGGGAGAGCCCUUGUUCCAGGCUAGCCCAGACCACACCUGUGGAUAGUGCUUUAGGAAGUAGCCGACACACACCCAUUGGUACUCCACAUUCUAACUGCAGCAGUAGUGUCCCUCCCAGCCCUGUUGAAUGCAGGAAUCCUUUUGCAUUUACCCCAAUAAGCUCCAGCAUGGCGUAUCAUGAUGCCAGCAUUAUCUCAAGUAGUCCUGUGAAACCAAUGCAAAGACCCAUGGCCACACACCCUGACAAAACCAAGCUUGAAUGGAUGAAUAAUGGGUAUAGUGGGGUUAGUAAUUCGUCAGUUUCUGGCCAUGGCAUUCUCCCAAGCUAUCAGGAACUAGUGGAAGACCGUUUCAGGAAACCUCAUGCUUUUGCUGUGCCUGGACAGUCUUACCAGUCUCAAUCCAGACAUCAUGACACUCAUUUUGGUCGUUUGACUCCUGUCUCUCCUGUGCAGCAUCAAGGUGCCACUGUAAGUAACACCAACAAACAGGAGGGUUUUGCAGUCCCUGCCCCUCUUGAUAAUAAAGGAACUAAUUCAUCUGCCAGCAGCAACUUCAGGUGCCGGAGUGUGAGCCCUGCUGUUCAUCGCCAACGUAAUCUUAGUGGAAGCACCCUGUAUCCAGUAUCUAAUAUCCCCCGAUCUAAUGUGACCCCCUUUGGAAGUCCAGUAACCCCAGAAGUUCACGUUUUCACAAAUGUUCACACAGAUGCAUGUGCCAACAACAUAGCUCAAAGAAGUCAAUCAGUUCCAUUGACGGUCAUGAUGCAGACAGCCUUCCCGAAUGCUCUUCAGAAGCAAACAAACAGUAAAAAAAUAACCAGUGUUUUGUUGAGUAAACUUGAUUCUGACAAUGAUGAUGCAGUAAGAGGUUUGGGCAUGAACAACCUGCCCUCCAAUUACACAGCCCGGAUGAAUCUCACUCAGAUUUUGGAAACUUCCACUGUUUUUCCUAGUGCCAAUCCACAGAAUAUGAUCGAUUCCAGCACUUCUGUUUAUGAAUUCCAAACACCAUCUUACCUCACUAAAAGUAAUAGCACCGAUCAGAUCAGUUUUUCUCCUGAAGAUAAUCAAGCACAAUCAGAAAUCGGAGAGCAACAAUUAGAUUUCAAUAGCACUGUUAAAGACCUGUUGAGUGGAGACAGCUUGCAAUCCAACCAGCAGCUGGUAGGUCAGGUAGCAUCUGAUCUCACUAAUACUGCGUCUGAUUUCUCUAGUGAUAUCAGGUUGUCUUCUGAGCUCUCAGGCAGCAUCAAUGAUUUGAACACUUUAGACCCAAAUCUACUGUUUGAUCCAGGACGUCAGCAGGGACAAGAUGAUGAAGCUACACUGGAAGAAUUAAAGAAUGACCCAUUAUUUCAACAAAUUUGCAGUGAAUCCAUGAGCUCUAUGACUUCAUCAGGUUUUGAGUGGAUAGAAAGCAAGGACCAUCCUACUGUUGAAAUGUUGGGUUAA